AUGGGUUCUGAUAGGGCAGCUGCACAUAUAGCUGUUCGAUCUGAAGGAAUGUUUCUUCCUGCCCUAUUUUCUGAGUGUUUUCAUCAUGAAUGGAUGUGGGAUUUUGACAAAUGCAUUCUCUGCAUCGAUGGAUACGAUCCUGAGGUGUCAACAGUGGUUGGAUACAGCACCACUGGCAGCAGCAGCAUCAGCGGUGACAUCUUCAAGGAGGAGUCAACGGCAGUUGGAUACAGCACUACUGGCAGCAGCAGCAGCAGCAUUGGUGGUGACAUCGGAGGUGGCAACUUCAAGGAGGUGUCAACAGCGGUGGGAUACAGCACCACUGGCAGCCGUGGCAGCAGCAUUGGCGGUGGCAUUGGCGGUGGCAUCUUCAAGGAGGUGUCAACAGAGGUUGAAUACAGCACCACUGGCGGCAGCAGCAGCGGCAGUGACAUUGGCGGUGACAUCUUCCACGAGGUGUCAACGCCGGUUGGAUCCAGCACCACUAGCAGCAGCAGCAGCAUUGGCGGUGACAUCGGUGGUGGCAUCUUCAAGGAGGUGUUAACGGAGGUUAAAUACAGCACCACAGGCAGCAGCAGCAGCAGCGGCAGUGACAUCGGCGGUGACAUCUUCAAGGAUGUGUCAACAGUGGUUGGAUACAGCACCACUAGCAGCAGCAGUAGCAGCAUUGGCGGUGGCAUCGGCGGUGGCAUCUUCAAGGAGGUGUCAACAGAGGUUGAAUACAGCACCACUGGCAGCAGCAGCAGCAGCAGCAGCGGCAGUGACAUCGGCGGUGACAUCUUCAAGGAGGUGUCCACGGAGGUUGAAUACAGCACCACUGGCGGCAGCCGCAGCAGCAGCAGCGGCAGUGACAUCGGCGGUGACAUCUUCAAGGAGGUGUCAACAGCAAUUGGAUACAGCACCACUAGCAGCAGCAGCAGUAGCAGCAUUGGCAGUGGCAUCGGUGGAGGCAUCUUCAAGGAAGUGUCAACAGAGGUUGAAUACAGCACCACUGGCGGCAGCAGCAGCAGCAGCAGCAGCAGUGACAUCGGCCGUGACAUCUUCAAGGAUGUGUCAACAGUGGUUGGAUACAGCACCACUAGCAGCAGCAGCAGCAGCAUUGGCGGUGGCAUCGGCGGUAGCAUCUUCAAGGAGGUGUCAACGACGGAUGGAUACAGCACUGCCUCGAUGGCAAAGGAAGUGGCCCUGUCCAAAAUGAUGGACGCUUUAUAG